AUGGCUCGACUCGUGGGUCUACCACGGUCUUGUACCAGCUAUCUGCUAUCUCUACAAUCUGUUCCUGUUGUUCGUCAUCUUCCUCCGCCUCAUCUACCACAACUUCCCUCUCCAUGUUUCGCCCGACUCCGAUGGAGAUUGACUUGCAGAGCAAUGGUCCAGCAUGCUGUACAGGGAGGAGCUCCAAUUGCUUACGCCAAAGAAAUGGAGAGGCUAUCCGCUAAAGAAUCCCUUCUUCUUGCUUUUAAGGAUUCUGGGGGUUUUGAGGCUUUAGUAUCUGGAAAGACGAGUGAUUUGCAGAGAAUUGAUGUGAAUGGAAGAAUUACCGGCCUUGAGCAGCUUAAUCCGACGCCUCUUCCAACGACGUCGCAAUUCGUGGAGGGUCGGUGGAGUUUCGAAUGGUUUGGGUCUGGAAGCCCAGGUUUAUUUGCUGCCAAAUUCAUAUUCGAGAUAUUUCCCUCAAAUUUGGCUAACUUAUCGAAAAUAGAUAUGGUGAUCAAGGAUGGAUAUGCAAGAGUUACGACAAACAUGAGAGUUUUGAACUCGAUAGAAACCAAGUUUACUCUGUCAACAAAAUUGACUGUUGAAGGACCACUUCGAAUGAGAGAGGAAUAUGCAGGUGGGGUUUUUGAGACACUAAAGGUUAUUGAAGAAACAGUGCCAGAACAGCUUAAAGGUGCACUUGGUCAGGCAGCAAACACAAUACAAAAACUUUCUAUACCUGUUAGGGAUGCUUUCACUAGUGGUCUGAGAGUUCCUUUGAGUGGAACUUUCCAGAGACUAUUCAUGAUCUCAUAUCUUGAUGAUGAGAUACUUGUAUGUAUACUUUUACCAAAAACUCUUUCCACCAAAGCAUAA